CCCCACCGGGUCAGCGCUUUUCCCUUACGUCGCUUACGCUAAUGUUCAACACGCACCACCAGAUCAACCGCAGCCCGCGCCAACAAUUCUUCUAGCAUCGAUUGAUGAAGUGGUGGAGCCUGGACUGAACCGGAACUCAUGAUGGUCUUGUCGUGAGCUACCUGCACCACGAGGACGGGGCGACAGCGGGGGAAACCGACGGAGGGGCCUCGCAGCAGGGUUUGGGGGCGUGCCAUUGACAGCGUCGCCUACAUUAGUGAGACAGAAGUUUACACAGUUGUCAUCUUUUAAACAUUUUAUGAACUGGAUUGCUCAUACUCGACAGCGCUGGGCACCGUUUGCCGUCGUUUAAGUUUGAAGCUUCUGCCACACCUGCAACAAUGGCGGCCGACAUCAGCAAAGCGGAGCUGAAGCGACAUGCACAAGAGCUGCUGGAUGGCAAGGCUAAAUCGAUGCUGGACGAAGGGACCCUGACACUCAAGGUCAUGCGGACGCUGCUGGAGGAGAAGCUGGGUCUGCAGGCGGGGGCGCUGGAUGCGCGCAAAGCCGAGGUCAAGACUAUUGUGACUACGGCCCUGGACCUGGUGGCGGGCGGCGGCGAGGCGGCGGCGCCGGCGGCGGCUGGGCCCGGCAGCAGCGAGAAGGAGAACCGGGUGCCGGCAGCCAAGCCGCAGCAGAAGGGCAAAGGCGGGGCUGAGGCCAAAAAGCCAAAGGCCAAGAAGGCGGCGGUGGAGGAGGAGGACGAGGAGGAGGAGGCGGGCGGCAGGGGGCGGCGCGGCGGCGGCAAGGGGUCAAAGGGCGGCCGAAAGAAGAAGGGUGGGCGGGGCUCGGAUGAGGAUGAGGAAAGUGACGAUGGCUCCGGCAGCGGCAGCGAGGAGGAGCGGCCGAAGAAGCGGACCAAGAAGGCGUCGCCGGCGCCCAAGGCCGGCGGCGGUGCCAAGGCCGCCACCAACCGCACCAUCGAGCAGCUGAAGGACAUCUGCAGGCGGGCGUCCAUCAAGAUCCCUCCCUCCACCUACUCGCGCAACAAGGCGGCUGAGGACCUGGAGGCGGCGCUGGGGGACCUGCUGGCCAAGCAGGGGCUGGACGCGCGCAGCGGGGAGCGCGAGAUCCUGGCGGCUCGCAAGCGGCUGGAGCGGGAGCGCGACCUGGAGGGCAUCGACACCUCCAACAUCAUCACGGAGGGGGCGGGGCGGCCGCGCAGGGCGGCAGCGGCGGCAGCCACCAACUUCAAGUCGCUGCUCAAGACGCCCAAGCUGGACUCGGAGGACGAGUCGGGCGACGACUCAGAGGGUGGCGGCGGCGAGGAGGAGGAGGAGGCGGAAGGGGCCAAGCCGCGGGGGCGCGGCGGCAAGGCUGCAGGCAAGAAGCGGCGGCCGGCCGGCAACGACGACGACGACGACGACGCCGGGAGCGGCAGCGAUGGCGGCGGCAGCGAUAGUGAGGACCUGGCGCCGGCGCCCAAGCGGGGUGGCGGCGCCGGCAAGGGCAAGAAGGCGGCCGCGGCAGCCGGUGCGGCGGAGGCUGGGGAGGAGGAGGAGGCCGCGGGUGGUGAGGAGCAGGCGUCUGAAGACCUGGUGCCGCCGGCCGCCGGCGGGAAGUCGCCGCGGGGCAAGAAGGCGGCGGUGGUGGUGGGUGACGAGGAGGAGCAGGAUGAGGAAGAGGAGGAAGAGGAGGCGGCGCCGAAGAAGCAAAGGGCAAAGCCAAAGGCGCGGGUGGUGGUGGACGAGGAGGAGGAGGACGAGGAGGAGGAGGAGGAGGCACCCAGCAGCAGCGAGGAGGAGGUGGAGGACGACGACAGCGACUUUGAGGCGGAUGACGACGACUAGUAGAUGGGGAGUGGGGAGCAGGGGCGUAAGGACUAGGGCGUGGAAGGAGUGCUGCCAGGUGCGGGCGUUGCGUCUGUUGUUGGGGAUGGGUUGGCUGCCUCAAGGCGGCUCUCUUGCUUUACAGAAAGCGGCGCUACCAUACAGUAAUGUAGAAGCGAUCCGUGUGCGUGCUGCGAGGUUAGAGCGGUGGCUCUCGUUAUCUGGCUGGCGUUGCUGGCGUGCUGACGCAGCUGACGAGGCAAAGAAAGGUUGCGUCUGCUGCGAUGCGUGCUGCGGUGUGGGGAGACAUUGGCGCUGCCACUGACAUAACUGUUGACCUGGCUGCCACAGCGGGGGCAGAGGGAGGCUGACCCCAUGGCUGCAUGUGCUGACGCCAUGCUCUCGUCAUCCUAUUCUUCUCACUGAGUAUCCAACUCCGUAUGUACCCAACAAUGCACGCAUGCCAGCUGCGGCAUGCGCAGCAGCCGCAUUGCCAGCCGAGCAACCUGCUCACCGCCAUGAACCUGAGCACUCGAACAUGAAUGCCCAAGCUGGUGGUGGCGCGCUCCGGUAGUGGGUUUGAAAUGCGUAAAUGCGAGUGGGUGUGCGAUGGGACAGGGUUUAGGCAGGUUGGCGAGGUCCCGUAGGGCGCAGCUGACGCCCAUACCCCAA